GUACAGAGCUCACAAGCCAUGAUAUAAAGUAGCAUGGUUAGCAUGCCAAGAGAGUCAAUCAACCAAACACCCCUUGCCACUCAUUCAUCAUGACAACCAAGAUAUACGAUGACAGCGAGCGAGCUACUCAGCUUCUUGCUGCACAGACGAAAGCUCUUGAAAUGUUCGAUGAGAUUGAGCGCGACCUCAUCCGGGCCGGAAUCAGCGAAAAGACACUGAACAACGAGAUUUACCAGCUUGGUGCAACUCGAUAUGGCAUUGAAACGCAUUGGCACAAGCGACUUGUCAGGAGCGGGCCGAAUGCUCUCCGACCCUUCCAAGACAACCCCCCAGAUCGCGAUAUUGAGGAGGACGAUAUCCUUGUCGUUGAUCUUGGCCCCGUCUUCGAGUCUUGGGAAGCCGAUUUCGGACGGACCUACGUUCUUGGAAACGAUCCCGACAAGAAGAAGAUCCGAGAUGCUCUCGAGCCGAUUUGGAACAAGGUCAAAGCUGAGUUCUUGAAGAAUCAGGACAUGACAGGCGAAGAGCUCUAUGAUAUUGCGGUUCGGACUGCCGAGGAGGAUGGAUGGUCGUUUGGCGCAGACUUGGCUGGCCACCUAGUUGGAUCAUUUCCUCAUGAGCGGAUUCCCCGCGACAAAACAACGCUCUAUAUCAUCAGGGGUAACAAGGUACCAAUGAGCACCCUGGGCAAGGACGGCAAGAAGAGGCAUUGGAUUCUGGAGAUUCACCUUCGGGAUCACGAGCGAGGGCUGGCGGCAUUCUACGAGCAGCUUUUGACUGCUGGAUGAAAUGGAUGUGAACAAUUCGAGGUUGGUAAUUACCAGUAGAUACGGGGGCCCAAAUUACGUCAAAGCUAUUUAAAACCCCACCAAUGCUUCUUUCCUAAUUAGGACCGAGUCCGAGGCGCCAAGCAUGUAAUUUAGUAACUCGAGCUGAUUGGAUAUGACUUUCAUGGACGAAUAAAAGAUUGAGCGCUAA